AUGGAGCACUCGCCCUGGAAGCGUGAAAUGGUAUUAGCAUCUUUAAAAACGCCAGAAGAUUUAAAAGGCUGGUUAGUAGGCUGCGAUAAAGACAUUGGAGGCUUCUCGGAGGCCCACCUGGAGAUCACAAAAAAUAACACAGGUCGUUUUUAUGGCCAUUUAUCACUGGACCUCCCCGAGAAUGAGGGAAUUGAAAAGAGUGGAUAUGCAGGAAUCCGGACAAAGACCAGACCAUCGACUAUCUUUGGCACACCAGUAUGGGAUACAUGUUUAUAUGAGUAUUUGUCAUUAAGAGUCAAAGGAGAUGAACGAAAAUACUUUGUCAAUCUUCAAACAGAUGGUGUUGUUCCUACAGAUCUUUAUCAACAUCGCCUUUUCCUCAAGACUCCACGUGAGUGGGAGACUGUCUUGAUCCCAUUCAAGGAUUUUAUCUUGACAAAUCAAGGCUUCAUCCAGGAAGAGCAAAUUGAAAUUUUCAGGGAGAGGGUGAAGAACGUGGGCAUUUCAAUCAUUGACAGGCAGUCUGGACCGUUCGAGCUCGAAAUUGAAAGUAUCAGCGCUGUCAAUCUUGGCCCAGAUCCCAAUGCGCGACCAGAUGAUGAUGAUUAG